GCGAGCGAGAAGCCCGAUCGUAACGAAAAAUUAUAAAACCCCCAAGUCUCCAACAUUUUGGGCAGUGAGAAAUGGAGAACUUCUCUUUCCUCCGAAAUAGAUACUGGGUUCUGAGACAUGGUAAAAGUAUUCCCAACGAAAGAGGCCUUAUCGUUUGUUCCAUGGAAAAUGGCAUGCUUAAUGAAUAUCAAUUGGCUUCAGAAGGUGUUAAUCAAGCACAAAUAGCAGGAGAAGCAUUUAAAAAGGAACUUAAAGAAAACAACAUACCGCUUGAAAAUGUCCGGAUUUGCUAUUCUCCAUUUUCAAGAACAACUCAUACUGCUAAGGUUGUUGCUUCUAUUUUGAAUCUUCCAUUUGAAGGUCCUCGAUGUAAGAUUGUGGAAGAACUCAGAGAACGUUACUUUGGUCCUUCCUUUGAACUUAACUCACAUGAUAAAUAUGCAGAAAUAUGGGCUCUGGAUGAAAAAGAUCCAUUCAUGCGGCCAGAUUGUGGAGAAAGUGUUGCAGAUGUUGUUUAUCGACUUACAACUGCUAUAAUAACCAUGGAGGCAGAGUUUGAAGGAUGUGCCAUCUUGGUUGUCAGCCAUGGUGAUCCUCUUCAAAUCUUGCAAACAGUUCUCCAUGCAACUAAUAAGAAUGCAGGUUCUACUGGUACAGAUUUAUUAUCAAGGAUAGAAGCAAUUAAAGUACCUUCCAUCUUAUCACAGCACAGAAAGUAUGCAUUACUUACUGGUGAACUCCGACAAAUCAUAUAAUGACAGUCUGUGGAGAAGAGUGGUGAAGAAAAAAGAAGGGGGGGGGGGACUGAAAAGUGAAAAACAGGCUUGUUUCUAACUUUCUUUUACUAAUAAUUGAAUUGAGAAUGAUUACUUCACUCGAAUGAUUUGAUGACCAUGUCAUUACCAUUAUAUUAAGAAUUAUUUGUUCUUAUUUCAUUA